GAGGAGCCGAAGAGGGGAGUUGGCAUCAGGAUGGACGGUCAGGAUCGUGUUGUCACCAUCAUCGGACGGUGCGUUUGUUUCCCUGGGCUACUUGGAAAUUGGAAUUCUACUUUUCCUCUCUUUCUGUGGUGUGUUAUCAGCAACCUGUGGGAAACAGGAAACGACGCCGGCGGCGAGAUGUCUCCUCCGCCACCGCCGCCGCCUCCCCGCGUGGUGAUCUGCGUGGGAGACGUCCACGGCUACAUCUCCAAGCUGGAGAGCCUGUGGGCGAACCUCCAGUCCGCGCUCCCGCCCGACGCCUUCGCCACCGCGCUCGUCGUCUUCCUCGGCGACUACUGCGACCGCGGGCCCAGCACCCGCGAGGUCAUCGACUUCCUCCUCGCGCUCCCGUCCCGCCACCCCGCGCAGCGCCACGCCUUCCUCUGCGGCAACCACGACCUCGCCUUCGCCGCCUUCGUCGGGGCGCUGCCGCCGCCGCCCGACGGCACCCCGUUCUCGUCCACCUGGGGGGAGUACAUCCAGAACGAGGAGAACGAGGGGUGGUACCGUGGCCCCGGCCACGAGGGGAUGCAUUGCCAGGGGAGGAGAUGGGGCGGGAUCAUGAAGGAGAAGAGGAAUCCCAAGAGGGGGUCAUCGUACAUGGGCUCCAUCUACGACGCGCGCCCUACCUUCGAGUCCUACGGCGUUGCUCAUGGAUCCCCAGAUCUUGUGAAGGCUGUACCUGAGGAGCACAAAAAAUUUCUGCGCGAAUUGGUUUGGAUCCAUGAGGAGGAAAAUGUACCCAUUGAUACUAACGAAGGACAGAUUAUUUGUAAGCUUAUUGCGGUUCAUGCUGGCCUGGAGAGGUCGAUUGAUUUGAAUGAACAGUUUAGAAUUUUGAGAACUAAAGAUACAAAGAUAUCAAAGGUUGCAAUGCUAAGCGGGAGGCAGGACGUUUGGAACAUACCAAAGGAUCUGGCUGGCAAGCAGACCAUCGUUGUAAGUGGACACCAUGGGAAGCUCCACAUUGAUGGCCUCCGAUUCGUCAUCGAUGAAGGUGGCGGAUAUGCAGACAGACCUAUAGCUGCUAUUGUGUUUCCUUCGAAGGAAUUGAUCAGGAGCACAGAAGGAACUUCAUCCCAGAAUCGAUCCAGAUAUCAUCAGGAGUAGUGCCCUGAUACAGCCCUGCAGAACAGAUUAUAUGAUUCUCCUGCCUUUUCUGUUGAGAGGAAAAUGACCUGGCCUUUUGGACAUCAGCAUUUCUUUUUCUUGUAAGUUGUAAUCUGGAUUCCCGGUGUCCCUUUCCUGAUGCCGACACACAGAUUUGGAACGGCGCGCGUGCACGGCCCAGACUCGUUCGCUCUCUCGGGCCGUGGAUUCUAGCGGCAAAGAGAGGAAGGGUCCCAAAGGCCAAAAUAUCGGACGCCACGGGGAUAGCCGAAUUCGCGGGCGGGAGAGCGCGCGCCUCCUGGCGCGGUAGGCCCGUCGUCGUACGCGGCCGCGCCUUUUUGGUGUGCCCUCGCGACGUUGAUCCGGCGAUCUGGCCUGUGGCUAGAGAAAGCGACCGGACAAGUCCAAGGGCAGGGACCACGGACGGCAACGAGGCUGCCAAUGUUUCAUUCAGAGUUUCAGACGGCUGCUCUUCUUCCUCAACUAGUUCACCGAUAGACAUUGUUGUUUAAAUAAAUAAUAAUAAUUUCUCCCGUAUCUAGGAUCAUCGAGAGGGGUUAAA